CCUUUUCUGCUACCUUGAAUUCUCUGAUCCAGUUCUGAUCUUAUCUUCUCUUCUUCUUAUCUAAAAAUGGCCAUAGCCUUUGGUCGCUUCGAUGACUCUUUCAGUUUAGGGUCUAUAAGGGCCUAUCUUGCUGAGUUUAUCUCUACCUUGCUCUUUGUUUUUGCUGGUGUUGGCUCUGCUAUUGCUUACAAUAAGUUGACAGGAAAUGCAGCACUGGAUCCAGCGGGGCUGGUAGCGAUCGCUGUUUGCCAUGGUUUUGCUCUAUUUGUCGCAGUCUCUGUGGGUGCUAACAUCUCUGGUGGCCAUGUUAACCCUGCUGUCACAUUUGGUUUGGCUCUUGGUGGCCAAAUUACCAUCCUUUCUGGUAUCUUCUAUUGGAUCGCUCAGCUUCUUGGCUCCAUCGUCGCUUGCUUCCUCCUCAAAUUCGUCACCGGCGGCUUGGCUAUUCCUACGCACAGCUUAUCCGCAGGAGUAGGAGCAGUUGAGGGAGUUGUGAUGGAGAUCAUAAUCACAUUUGCAUUGGUGUAUACAGUCUACGCAACAGCAGCUGACCCAAAGAAGGGCUCACUGGGCACAAUUGCACCAAUAGCUAUUGGUUUCAUUGUGGGUGCCAACAUCUUGGCUGCAGGCCCAUUCUCAGGUGGAUCCAUGAACCCAGCCCGAUCAUUUGGCCCGGCCGUUGCUAGCGGUGACUUCCAUGACAACUGGAUCUAUUGGGUUGGGCCUCUCAUUGGCGGUGGUUUGGCUGGGCUUAUCUAUGGAAACCUGUACAUGCAAUCCGAUCAUGCACCACUAUCCAGUGAUUUCUAAUCUAGUUUGAUCCGUCUUUUAUCUUUGUAAUAAAAGAAAGAGAAGCAGUUUUGGCUCUUCUUUCUUUUCUCUAUUCCUUAGUUUUCUUUGGAUGUUAUUUUUUUUUAAAAAUUUUAUCCUUUUGGUUCUGUUGUUGUAAAGCUUUGGCGGUGGUGGUGGUGAUGGUUGUGGUCAUGUAAUUUUCUUGUUUUGUUGAAGAGAUUGGCAAUGGUGAAUGAUGGUGUUAAGUGGCUCCACUCUUUAUUAUUGUGCCUUUUCUUUGUGUC